AUGUCCACGGAAUUGUUAAAGUUACUUUCGCAAGAUUACAGCACUCUCCUUAGCGACGGCAGCGAACUUGCCGACGUAGAGGUUCAUGUCGGCCAAGAACUAAAAGUUUACAAUGUGCACUCGUUAAUCUUGUGGACUCGGUCACCAUAUUUUCGUUCGGAAAUAUGGGCCAAUAAGGAAGAACAUUCGGUUGACCAUAAAAUAAUAUUUUCUCUACCAAACAUCAGUCCUAAAACAUUUAACACACUUCUCAGAUACAUCUAUGUUGGAGAAUUGGAUAUUGCAUCACACAGUACAAAAGUCCUUGUCCUAUUAAUGCUAGCUGCAAAUGACCUUGGCAUCACCAAUCUCAUAGAUUGCAUUACUAAAUAUUUAACCGCUCAGAAGCAUCGAUUAAAUGGGCUGUACUUUUUCAUAAACAGAGAAUGCCAAGGCGGCAAGUUACCCGAACUACAAAAACUAUGCGAUGACAUAUUAGUUAACAAUCCACUGUCGAUAAUCAAAUCUCCGGAGUUCAUGAAAGUCGAAAGCAAAGAGGAACUUUUAUUCUUUUACGACAAUCUUCCUGAAAAUUUACCCGCAUCAUUACCCGAAGUUUUGUUAUGGGAAAAAUUGAUCGAAUGGGGUAUAAGCCAUUUGAAAUUACCGAAGGACAAUAAUAGCUAUGAUAAUGAUCAGUGGGGAAAAUUGAAACAGUUGUUAGAAUCUUUUAUCGAACAUAUUAACUUUGAGAACAUUAAUCGCAACGAUUUCUUGGCAAAGGUCAAGCCCUACAAGUCGGUUCUGGACCAAGAUAAGUAUAUAGAACUCAUGGAAAAACAUAUGGAUGUUCAACAGAACCAACAACCUCUUGAACCUCCUAAACCACAACCUCAUGAACCUUAUAAGCAACAACCUCAUGAACCUUAUAAGCAACAACCUCAUGAACCUUAUAAGCAACAACCUCAACAAUUACCUGAUCAACAGUCCCGUCUACGAACUAAUCGAGAUCGGAAGAGC